AUGAAGUACCCUAUAGUGCCGCUGGUAAACGACCUCACAUUUUCAUUCCUGUUUUUCUGGCUUUGCCUGCCUGUGAGUGUGCUGUUGUUCUUGGUGAUCGUCUGGUUACACGUCUUACUUAGCCAAGAUUCACAGGAAAAUGACUCGGAUUUAUGCUUCACUUGGGAACCCUGGAGCAAAGGCCUGGCCGAGUCUUGCCAGGAGGGGACACUCCACAGCCAAGAGGAGGAAUAG